UUCAGCUUCUCCAUUUCCACGACCUCUACAAUACUCUCCUACUAUUUCUUCUUGUCGUUCUCUGCUUUGUUGCUGCUCUUCCCUCCAGUUUACAUAAUUGCCAGCAAUGGCGCAAGCUUUAUUUGACGACCACCCACUCGAGCAGUACCUGCGCGCCGCAGGUGAACCACCGGAAACGCCUCCUGGCUCCUGGCCACAGGCCGAGGAGUUUGCCUCCAUAGACAUGGAUGUGGAAUAUGAGGAUGUGGAGGAAUCAGAGUGGCGGCCCGAUAUUGUCAUAUACAUUGCAGAGUUGCUCGACAGGAUGCUCGAACGGCCGCAAUCGACCUCCUUGUUUGCAGAGCACUUCAAAUACGGUGUCAUCUCCUCUACUCUGCUCGCAGCUUCAAUGCCGUGGUCACAUCCUCGUCGCCCUUCGUCGCCUUCUCCACCCGGCCAGUUGCAUCUCGACGCGCCACCUCCACCUCCCUCUCACGAAUUUCCUGACAUCUGGCGGCUGUCUCUGGUCGCCUUGUUUGUUGCAUGUUUACUUGCUCUCCGAGCCCACACGUCUGCCGCACUUGUUAUUGUGUCUGUCUCCGUCCGUUUGUAUCAGCGAUCUGACCACACCAAAUUGGAUAUGACCUCUACUACGGCCGCAUUGAAGGAGCUCAUUUCCGCGAGCGCAGUCUGGGACUCCAUUGUACAGGACACAAUCAGUGUCCUCGAGAAGGAAGACGAAAGUCCUCCAUCUCCCGUCUCUGCGAUCCGCUUGGCGCUGCACUCCUCGCUGCAGAGCACGCAGACGCAAUGCGACAACGUCCGCCAACUCCUGUCCGCGUUGACGGCACCAGUCGAGUUGGCACAGUUAUCGGAAAUGUAUGCUCCGCCAUCUCCCAGAACAUCCCUUCCGCCUGAACCUGAAGUUACAUCCCGCCGCUCAAAGCGCACGACCUGGAGUGGCUCCUAUACCUCGCUUUCGUACAGUCCUUCCAUUCAAGCCAUCAAAAGCCGGGAAAAGCGACGGUCGGAUCUUGCCUCGUUGUUCAGGGCGUCUUCCUUCAACAAGAGCCAUAGUGCACCCAGCACACCGCCUCCAACCCUCCCCCCUACAGAAGGCGAGACUGAUGCCGAUAGCUCCAGUGGAUCGCCCUCCCGUACGACGUUCGGUGCUGCUGCGCUAGAGUUGCGACGGAAACGACACAUGUCAGGGAUGGAUAUCCUUCGCUUGCAACACACACCGCCGCGAAGUCCGUUAACCGGCUCGUCCACGGUCUCACACGCGUCCCGAUUCACCACCAUGCAGACCAUGAGGCAUCCGUUGGCGCUUUCUUCUUUGAAUCACGCGAUCGACGGCGCCCUUUCGGCUAAGCGAUACGCUUGCUCGUAUUUGCUUGCUCUGCGCUUUGACGAGGAGGACGAUGGAUAUUGGGAGGACGUGCGCUCUGUCAUGGCGCUGCUGACAACUACGUUUGUGGACGCUGCAGCCAGACUGACGGAAGCGCAUGAGGAUGCAGACCACGUGGCAAAUGAAAGCGAGAGCGAGGCUGAUCCCUUCAAAUUAGCCGACGCUCCCAAUCAAAGCUCUGGUCUGGCCUCAGUCGGGGCCCUCUCGUUUGCGCCGAUGCCGAGCCAUCUCAGUCGUUUUGCUGCUCACGUGGAUGCGAUCUCCUCGGCGCUGGACGAUGCUCGUGACCACUUGACAGAGUGCGUUGCUGCGGUACGCAGCGACGCUCCUCCAACGCGACCGAUCCGCCGGCGGCGUUCGAGGACGUUUGUCAAAGCGAUGGAUACACAGCCACCUGAACCCCCUGCCGCGCUGCAGGCCUACGAGCGUCUGCGAAGAGAGCUGGGGCUUGCGCUGCGCGAGUGUGAGCGAGGGCGGGAUCGACUGCUCGAUAUCAUAUGCCCUCCGGCUCCCCCGAAUCCGGUCGAAUCGGAGGAGGAUAUGCCUGCUCUAGCGCAUGAUGCGAGCGACGAGGCUGAUGAAUCUGACAAGCCCGAUUCUGGGUCUCCAUCGAUGGACGAGGCCGACAGUCACGCCGAUGUGGUGGUCGCACAGGGCGAGCCCAUUGACGAUCCGACAGCCCAUCUGCUGCUCAGUGUUGCUCCAGACGAGUUUCCCCUGCCCGCUGCCGAACAGAUAUUCGAAAGCCAAGCGGCCGAAGUGGGUCCCUUGCACAAAGAACGGUCCAAACUCACACGUGAGGAGCGGAUCAAGUUGGCGAAAGCAAAGAGGGAAUCUGGGUCUUCGCACGGUGUUAUCGGGCUGGGACUCGAAGGGUUGGAAGAGAAGAUGCCGACGGGACCCGGUGGGGAUGUUGUCCAGGAGCUAAAAGAUGUUAUCUGGAAGGUCGGGGAGAAGAGGAGGAAGCUGGUCGAUGGCCAGGUUCACAAUGUCGACCCAAACUUGCCCUGAGGUCUUCUCUUCCUGUUUGCUCUUAUAGUUAUUUUAUUAUGUGGAUCAACUUUGUAAUCGCAAUGAUAAGAUAGGAUAGGCACCGCAC